UUUCCGUGUGAUGCUCAUUGACGGUAUGUUUGCAACCUCUUGUCAUGUCGCUCUAUUAUCUUUCGACGCAAGGCACUGGAAUACAAUAAAGACCAUGCCACUUGAGUCCGGUAUUUGUAUGACGGCAUAUUUUCAGCAAGGGGGUUAUUUCUGGAGUCAAAGUUAGCAAACUCUUGUGUCCAACUUUGAGGCACAUCGUGCGCCUGUGUAAAUGACAAGAUGCUAACACAGAAAGUGUUUUUUCUGUCACACUAAUAGGUAAAUUCUUACAUUAAGGUCAUUUACCAAACAUUUACAUGGCGCAAGAGUUGGACCUAAAUCCUGAUACAGACGACCUUCCACUUUGUGCCAAUACGAACCACAUUCUAGUCAGGCACUAUGCAUUGGACCUAACUGUUCAUUUUGAUAGAAAAGUCAUCAGUGGUAGUGUGGUUGUCUUUCUGGAGCCUACAGCUUCAGCAGAGGAUGCAAGCAAUUUGUCAGAGACUAUUGGCUCUUCACCUCAAAGUGACUUCACUUUAGUGUUGGACUGCUGUGACCUCAAUGUGUCAAAGGUCGAGCAAGUCGAUGUGGCAUCCUUGUCAGCCGCCUUCCCCGGGGUCUCUCCUAAUGACCUCGUCCACAAACUGGUCUCCAUGCCUUCCACUCACUGGAGGCAGCAGCAGGAACUCUUCUCCACAUGCAGCCGUGCCCCCGCCGAGCGGGAUGGUGGCUCGCUGCAAUUUUGCACAGACCGCUGGAGUCUGCAGGUUUGGAAGCGGGGGGUGUCCUCUCCGCGGGCAUUCCCACAGACACUCAGGGUCUGCUAUGAGACGAGUCCGAUGGGUUGCUCUGUGAGGUGGACCAAGGACCAGGAUGACAGGGCGUGUGUGUACACUGCCGGCUCGCCUAUCAACAACAGAGCGCUCUUCCCCUGCCAGGAGCCACCUGUUGCCAUGUCAACGUGGCAGGCGACAGUGCGGGCCCCCCACGAGUGUGUGGUCUUGAUGAGCGGAGAGGAGCAAGUUGCACCGACUGAGGAUGGCGACACAAGUUUCUCAGUUUGGCAUUACUACGUCACCAUGCCCAUGCCUGCAUCCACCUUCACCUUGGCAGUGGGCCACUGGCAGCAAGUCACUCUGGAGUCCGUUACUGUGUCCUCAAAGGGAGGUUCAAGCAGUGGAGUAGUAAAAACUUCUGUGCUGCUCCACAUUGGCAGUGGAGACCCAACCGCCUCUGAUCUUUCAACCAUGUUGGACGACGGCUUCCCUUGUUCUCAUAGCGACUACCCUUGUCGAUUCACAGAAGGGCUCGUAAUAUCCCAGCGUGUGAUCCCGCAUCGUGUGUUCGCCCCCGUCAGCCUGCUGCGGGAGGCCCAGAUCGGAGUCCUCGCGCUGUUGCCGCAAUGUUUAGCUGCAUCUCACGCUGUUCUGGGAGUCCAUCCCUUUCCCCGCCUCGAUGUUCUCAUUGUGCCACCAGGGUUUUCCAGUCUGGGAAUGGCCAGCCCCCAUAUCAUUUUCCUGUCUCAGAGCGUGCUGCAUGUCGGGAGCUCGUCUUCGGGAAUAAACAACCGGUCUUUGUGUGGGUCCAGGCUGUGCCACGAGAUUGCCCACUCUUGGUUUGGCCUGGUUAUCGGUGCCAGAGACUGGACAGAGGAAUGGAUCAGCGAGGGUUUCGCGACCUACCUGGAGGAUAUUAUCUGGGCCCAAGCACAGCAACUGCCUGUGCAGGAAACAGCGGAACAGUCCAACUUGAAGGCGCUCCUACGCUGGAGAAGACUCUCUGACGAGUUGCAGAAUUCAGGACAGGAGCUUCAGAUCCUCAGACCUAACAUGGAGAAAACAGGCCAGGUCAGCGAGUCUGGCUCUUCCACAGUUAAACAUGCACUCAACCCUGACAAGUCCUUCUUGCAAGUCCACUACCUCAAGGGCUACUUCCUCCUCAGGUUCUUGGCCAGUCAAGUAGGAGAGCAACCAUUCAUCAAGUUCUUCAGAUUAUUUGUGAAGAAAUACCACGGCCAACUCAUUUUGUCUCAGGAUUUCCUGCAAAUGCUGCUGAGUACCUUCCCUGACCUUGCAAGAAAGGGCCUAACGCUCCGUGCUGUUUAUGCCGACUGGCUCGAUCAACCGGGAAUUCCCAAGUGGCUGCAGGAAAGGAGCGCCGUGUGGUCCCGCUCGACGCUGGUAGAGGAAGUCAAGGCGGAGGUUGCAAAAUGGAUUCUCUUCAGUCGGAGUCAUCAAGGGAAGGGCAGAAAGCGGAAGCGAUCGCAGGCCAACAAGGUGAACUACAAAGAGGUGACAUCGGAACAACUUGUGCUGCUUUUGGAGCUUCUUUUAGAAGAAACUGAGCUGAGCACGUACACGUUGUGCACUCUGGCUCGCGCCUACAACUUGCAGAAUCAAGACGCUGAGGUGCGACAUCGCUGGUGCGAGCUGGUGGUCAAACACGGCCAUGCUCAGGCUUAUGGUGAUGUGGAGCACUUUCUGCUUCAUGAUCAAGCCAUGGGUGUGUAUCUGUACGGAGAGCUGAUGGUUAAGGAGGACGCCGAGCAGCAGGCGCUGGCUCGUCGCUGCCUCUCAUUGGUCAGUGAGGAAAUGGACCAAUCAGCGCGCAGCGUGGUGGAGGAGAUGGUGCUGUAACCGCUACAGGCUGCUGACAACAUACGGAGAUGACAGGAGUUUGGGGUCGUGCGAAGGUUGAGUACUCGUGGCGAACACCGGAAUGUUGCGGCGGUCUCCGACUCCCCCAGCCAAGAUUUCUUGCUGACUGGGGAGGCACAGUUAAAAAUAAGAAAUAGAAAACAAGUUUUCUCCUGUAACAAUAGUCCAUAGUGACUUCUGUAGUCUGUAGUAUUUUUAUAUGUGAAUGACGAGAAAAUAAAGAUGUUCUGGAAAA